AUGCCAAUACCGCAGGCAGAGGCACCACGGCCAAUCCCGCGGCCAGCCGGGCAAGAGCAUGUUCUCAUCUACCCGCGUGGCUUCCUUGCCGUGCGGGUCAUACAGCUGGUAGCUGCCAUCGUGGUGCUUGGUACUGCUGGGUAUGUGAUCGGUGCAUUGGCGGCGAGUCCCGCACUAGCCGGCUUUGGCCUGAGCCUCUUCAGUGGCAUCGCGACAAUCAUCUGCGUCGUGUACUACAUAGUGGCGGAAUAUGCCUUGCCCGCCGCCUACAACUACUGGGCUUAUCUCGCGCUGGACAUCUUCCUUGUUGUGUUCUGGCUCAUAUCCUUCGCCCUGGUGGCAGUCCCCGUGGCAUAUUUCGGAACUGCGGCCUAUAGUCUUUCCAGCUACGGCCUGACUCUUUAUUAUUCUGGCUGCAUCGCAGCUGGGUUUGGUGCUAUCUCCUUCGCCGCGCUCCACCGUCAUCGUGCCGCAGGAGGCCACUGCACGGCGGCCCAGACAAUGCCUGUAGUAGCCCCCUCCGCGUCCGUCGCUCCCCCAGGCUAUCAAGCAGGCAGCGUCUAUCCUGCCCCCCCGAACCAAGCCGCAGCUGCUGCUGCUGCUGGACCCUUCCAGGGCAAGCAACAGGGACAGUUCGCCACGACCAUACCGAUGCAGCAGCAGCAGAUGCCCGUGCCGCAGUACCAGCAGAUGCCCGCCAAUAUGUACAUGCAGCAGCAACAGCAGCAGAUGCCUGGGGCCAUGCCGAUGCAGUGGCAGCAGCAACCGCAGCAGUCGCCGCCGCCGCAAGAGGUGUACUCGCGUGCAGUCAGUACUCCCGUUCCGCAGGGGAGCCCAGCACCGUAUAUUACGCAUGCGGCGCCCUACUAUCAACAGGGCCCAUUGCCGCAGGACGCAGUGCAGAAGCAGUAG